GUUGAAUGCAGUGUGACAAAUUGACGAUCCGCUCUUUCCAUUAUUUACACUACGCCAUUUCAUUUGUCCACUCGCCCAGGUGUGCACAGCACAGUAUAAACUUUAAAACAAAUCUGAUCGGAAAUGGAAAUUCCGGACGAACUGCUGGUGUGCGGAUUUUGUCACAGUCGUUUGGAGUCCCCAAAGCUUUUGCCAUGCCUUCACACUAUCUGUGGCAAUUGUGUUACAGAAAAGAGAGACAGCCUGGAUCAAUGCCCUACCUGUCAUCAAGCUAUAGAAGGAUUAGAUAAGGUGGGUGCGCUUCCAGACGACAAUUUCAGUAGAAGUAUAAUAGAGUUUUCAAAAACUAAAGACGACACUACUGGUGUAGAACUUGAGUCCCUCCCAGAACUGUUGAAAGAAUUGGAAACUCAGCAAAACGGAGUCAAAAUCAGCCUGAAAAAGAUAAAGCUGCGAUCUGAAGAGUCCAGCUAUCAUGCAUUUAAGAACGAAAGGGAGUUCUCCAAAAUCAAAAGAAAGGCAGAAACGGAUAUCAGGGAAAAAAUCACUUCGCUGAAAAAUCGAUUUGAGAAAUAUCUUCAAGAAAAAGAGGCCACCAUGAUGCACGAGCUAGACCAGGCUUUGGAUGAAGAGGAGUUCGAACUUUCUCAAUCCGUCAUCUGGAAUCAGUCCGUUAUGAGAUCAAUUGAAAACAAAGAAGAGAUUUUAGAAAAAUGUAAUUUGCAGUCCAUCAAAUCCCAACCCAAGGCACUGGCAUACAAAAAUGUCCUAGAAGAAAUGAAUAACCACUUGACCAAAAUAGGGGGAUCCAUCUCACUGAAAACUCCCCCAAAGCUAGAGGUGAGUUUCAAGUAUAAUCAAGAAAUUGAAGAAGUCUUCACAAAACCGUUAGGGGUCGUUGAAGCAAACAAACCAGGAAGGAUAAUAGCUGAAGAUGAAACCAACUUGAGAGUUGAGUUGCCCUCUGCCCCGCCAUUUGCAAAUUACCCUUACAAAAAUGCAGAGUAUCAGAGAACAUUUCCGACUCUUCUGCCAGAGGAUAACAAGGGGUAUGUCGUGGGAAUAACUUGGAUUCCUCCAGAUCGCCUGGUUCUUGUUGAUAAAUGGAACUCCAAGUUAAAGCUGUAUCAUGAAAGCGGUGACCUGUUCAAUGUGAUGGUAUUUUCUGGUGGAGAACCUACAGAUAUUGUGUACACCAAAUGUACAAACUUCCGACACUUUUUCAUUGUAACAAUCCCGAGUGGGCGGCUUUUGCUACAAGUGGCCGUUGAAGACAAAAUAAUGAGAAUAUCAAGCCGCAUCACAACCCUAACUGGCUACACAAGUAUUUCCUACGACAAGCGGUGCUCCAGGCUGAUCGGCGGGGUAUGCCAGCCUUACGGUUCGCCGAGAAUAGACAUCAUCAACUCCAACGGGACAGUCGAGUUUACAAUCGCCUCCGACAUACAACAACGACCUUACUUUAUCUGCCCACGAUCCAUCGACAUCUUCCAGCAUGGCAUUAUUUCCGGAUGCGACUGGCAGAAGAAUCGAAUACUCUUUAUUUCUCGAGACGGAACCAUCCGGGGAUCUUUCCACGGAACUUCGGAUUUCCCUCUCCUGAACCCUGUCGGCACAACUCUUGACGGAAGGGACCAUCUUCUGGUUGCAGAUUGCAAGAGAAACAAAAUUCACAUCGUGUCAUCUAACGGCACACAUCUUGGGAGCUAUGAUACAGCAGCUAACGUGGACGGUCCUCGAGAGAUCAACGCGAUUUCGGACGGGAAUUCCUCCAAACUGGCUGUUUCCCAUGGAGCUGGAUUUAUAAGCAUUUACCACCUCACCGACUAGACUGACUCUCCAAACACGGCGCGCAUUAAUUUUUUACUCAAAGAUUAUUAACAAUGUGUUAUAUUAUUUCAACGGCACGAGUAAACAGAACAAGGCGAUGCACAAAGAAACUGUACAGAAAUUUCCCUAAUAUGAAAAUAAUGGCAUUAUCUAUGAUAUUUUUCAAUAUAUUAGUACUUAUUAUAAGUACCUGUAAUUAUUAUAUACAUUUAUGGUUUUGUAGGAAAACAAUACUCAAUAACUUGACUUUUAACAGAAGUUUUUUCAUUGCUAAAAUUUGUUUUGUAAGACUUUAGAAUAGCACGAAGUUAAUGUAGUAAAAAGUUGUAUAAUACAUUUUUUAUACUAUGCAUGAAUUAAAUAUGUAAUUUGUAUUGCACAAGUCUCAUAAACGUGUAUCCCAAUUC